GCGGGAGCUCCUCGGCGGGUUCGAGCCGCUCCUCGGCGCUGCCCUCUUGCCGUGCUGCAGACGUUCCGGGUCUCCACAUGAGUGUCUCGUUACCGCAUUGGUGAGCAGUUGAUGUUGCCAGAAGAAAUCUCCCUGGCAGGAGCUGUGAAGCUGUACUGUUCUGGAAUUGCAUGCCUCACGUUUCGCCCAGGGCCAGCUGAGAAUCUUGGUUCAUGCAACCUGUCAGUACUCAAGAGAUAAUAAAGAAUGGCAAGAAAGACCUCUGUGUGACUGCUCUACCUUGGAAACACUACUAUUGAAUCAGGAGACCCAUGAGCUCCUUGGAGUACAAAGCAGGCUCAAGAUGCUGAGCCGUUUGUCAGGUUUAGCAAGUACUGUUUUACAAGAGCUGUCUGGGGAUGAUGGAGAUGCAGUUACUGAACCAUCUAUUGCUGUAGAAGCUGUGCAGUCAGAAGCAGAAGGCAUGGAAGAGGCACCUGAGGAGGUGUUGGAGCGCCUAGCCCAAACAGAAAAGCUGGUUGUUCAGCUGAAGGAUUUGAUUCGAGAAAAGGAUGCCCUGCUCCUGGAAAAAGAAACUGUGCUGAAGAAAGAGCGAGAGGCCGCGGAUGCCAAGGUGAUGAAACUGAAACUUCAAGCCAAAGCCAAACUGGCCUCUCUGAACAAACGCAUCGAGGAACUGACCGAGAAAGGAGCGCCACUGCCUGCACAGGCCUCAGCAGCAGAGCUGGAGGAUCCCAAGAAAAACGAAAAUACAAGUGAAGGGCUCAGAGAGGAGGUGGAAGUACUGAAGAAGCAGCUCAGGGAGCAAGAGGAGACUGUUCAGGACCUGAAGAAACAGCUGGCUGUAGCUGAAGUGAAUCUGAAGGAUGCUGAAGUCAAGUAUGCAACACAGCUGAGCUCCCUGCAGGAGGUGAUUCAGGAGAAGGAAGCUCUCCUGGAAGAGCAUGUGCAGCAGCAUCGAGCUGAAUUGCUCAAGAUGGUGGUCCAGUCAGAUACGGAAGUAGAGAUGCAGCAGAACCUGCGCACGCUUCAGAGAAAGCUCGAGGAGCAGGAGGCAGCUCUGUUAGGACGAACUCAGGUGGUAGAACUGCUGCAGCAGGAGUUACACACUGCUGAAAAACAAAACCGGACGCUCCUAGAUCAGUGCCAGAAGAUGGAAGUGGAACUAAGCUCCAUGAGGGAUGUGUUAGAUGCAGAGAGACGAGGGGCUCGGGAUCUCAGGGAGAAGAUGGAGCUGGAGCUGGCUGAGAGGAAGCUGGCUUCCCAUCGCUUGCAGGAGGAGGUGCAGUGUCUCUCAGAGCAGCUGGAGGAGGCCAGAAGAGCGCAAGCUGAGCUCGAGGUGCAGUACAGAGACCUGGAGCAGGCACGCAGGCUGGAGGUGGAGGAGAAGGAGCGGCUGCGCAGCCGUGUGGCGGUGGCUGAAGAGGAGCUGCCACGUGGCCGUGCUGUCCCUGGGGCUGAGCGGGAGCAGCUGGAGCAGGACGCUGGCCAGCCCUCAGUGCCAGCUGUGGGACACGGAGCUGCAGCACAGGGACCACGGGAUGAACUUCUACAGAAGUGUGAAGAAUUUGUCUGCUGUCAGGACGAGCUGAAAUCCCAGCCACAAGUACAGCUCUCUGAACUGGAGCAACAGGAUGAAUCAGCAUCACAGAAAAAAAUAGUAGAUCAGGAGGACCAGAAUGAGACUUCAUUCCUACCCACAGAAAACUUGGAAAGACAGAAGACAGAAGAAAUACCACAUUUGCAGCUUGUUCUCCGGGAGUCUCAGCAGGAAGCUGUGAUGGCCACAGAAGAUGCAGAACAGAAUAAAAAUAUUGGUGCUGAGGCAAAAUUGGAAGACCUGGGGACUGUGGAAGCUCCAGCCUCCUAUGUAGACUGCUCUUCUUCUACAGGUGUGUCAGGAGAGCUGGUGAAUUCUGAAAUGCAAAAGCCUUUUGGUGACACUUCCGUGCUCUCUGAGGCAAGAACAGAUGGCUUUACCAAUAGAAGCCAGCAGUUUACUGAGGAAAGCUGUCCACCUGGAAUUCUAGACUAUAUUGCUGCGGAGAAACAGAAGGAGCUGUCAGUUUUGCUGCUGGAACUGAAGGAAGCCCAAGAAGAAGUAACUUUUCUGAAAAGCCGACUCAAGGGCCCCAGUGGCCAGACUUCUACAGGCAGCCAAACAGAAGCUAACCAGCUGGGAGAGAAUUCACAGAUACAGUGCCAGGAGAGGGAGGAGCAGAACGCCUCAGAUACACAGAGUGUUUUAUUGCUGACAGAAACAGAAAUUCAGAAAACUGGCUUUCUUCAGGAAAAUGGAAUCAGCUUCCAAGAUGAGCCUCAGGGAAGUCCUGGCCCCUCUCAGUCUCAAGAGCUCAUCAAGUUACAAAACCAAAUUACAGAACUGCAAAUAAUGCUACAGAAAUCAGAAGAAUCCUUUAGAAAAGAACUAGGAGAAAAAUGUGCAGAAAUAAAUAGGCUAAACCAGUUGGCAGAGGAAUACAGGAAAAAAGCAGAGGAUCCUGACAGUACAUUUUGUGUUUUGACUGAUGAGCAAGAUCAGCUCUCGUGUCAGGCCAAAGAACUUUCUACCAUAACAGAACUGAAGGAGCAAGUGAAGCAACUGGAGGAAGAGCUAGCUCUUUCAGAAAAGCAGAGACUGUCAGACAGUCAAAGCAGCCUUCUAAGAGAGCAAAUCCAGAGCCUUAAAAAUGAAUUUAAAUCCAAAGAUAUAAAAAUUGAAGCUUUGCAAAAGGACUUGGAUGAAGCACAACUUCAGCUUUCUGACCAGGACAUGCAACUGAAGGAUCUGAGAAGCCAGGCUGAGACAAAGGAACGUGAAGUACUUCAUCUAGGACAACUUUUGAGGGAGAAUACAGCAGAGAUGGAAGAGCUUUCCCACAAGUUAACCUUAAAGGGACGUGAGGCAGCAAGCCUGGAACAGCUCGUUGCUGAGCACACCAGGUCUGUAGAGAGCCUGCAGCAGGCCUUGCAGGAAAAGGACCAGCAGAUGGCAGAGAUCAGUGUCAGCAUGUCUGAGAAAAUGGUCCUGCUGAAUGAAGAGAAGUUUGCUCUAGGAAACGAGCUGAAGAGUCUUAAGGAGCAGACAAGUCUGUUAUUAAAAUCCCAGGAAGAAAAAGAGCAGAACAUAGGAGCAAAAGAUACAUGUCUGAAGUGUGGGGUAUCCAAGCAGCAGAAUGAGACAGAAGCAGUGAGUAAAGAAAAUGAGGAAUUAGUAAAUCAAGUUGAACUUCUGAGAAAAGAAAAUGAGCAAGUAAAGAGGAAGCUGCAAGCAGUAUUUGUGAACAGGAAGGAGCUUCUGAAGAAGGUAACCAGAUUGGAGAAUGAAUUAGAACAACUGAAUAGAGAACAAAAACAAGAAACCUCAGAGGCUCGGGCAGCUGCAGGGGAGGAGGACAUGAGAAGCAUGAUCAGCAAAGAAAUGGGUCUUGAAAACCAGCCCCGUGAGGACUAUCUAGUUCAGCUGCUUUCUGAAAAGGAAUCUGAGCUGCAGAGCAUGCGGAAGGAAAAAGAAACUACUGAAGCACAACUGCAGGCAGUGAUUGAGGAAAUGAGGCAACGCUUGCAAGAUAAGGCAAACACUGCUUCAGUUAAAGAUGAAAUCAUGGAGCAUCAGGCAGUUCCUGACAAAGUGACUGAAACCAAUGAAAGCCCAGAAGAUGAUGAAGAAAAUGAGAAACAUGGUUCAGCAGGUACAGAUCUGGAAGAAAAACAAAAGUCUGCUCUUAGAGAAAAGAUUUCAGUUCUUGAACAAGAAAAAGAACAACUUCAAAAAAAACUUCAAGAAGCUCUCAUAUCUCGCAAAGACACUAUAAAAAAGGCUCAAGAAAAAGACAGGCAUCACAGAGAACAAUUGAAACAGCAAAAAGAUGAUUACAACAUCCUGCAAGAAAAAUUUGAUCGGCAAAGCAAAGAGAAAGACAGUAUCCAGGCUCAGCUCAGACAGCUCCAAGAGCAGAAAGGAUCAGCAGAGAGUGUUUUUAGGAGUCAAGGUAGGUUGGAUUCUUCAUGCAUGGAAGCAGAAGAUACAACAAUUAACAAGCUUGUACAAGUUGCAGAUAUUUCUGAGGAAGAGUGGAAAAAACACCUUGACAAAUUGCAGAUGGAGAAAGAGAAAUUGGAAUGUAGUGUCAGCCAUAUGCAAAGGGAGCUUGCUCACAAAUCAGAAUUAAUCUUUGAUUUGCAGCAGCACAUAGCACAGUUGUUUGUAGAGAUAGAAGGGCUGAAGAGAACCUCUGACCAAGCUGAAGCUAAGGGAGCAAGUCUUCAGACAGAAUUGGAGGAGAAUCAAGGAAAAAUUUCUGGAGUGGCCAGUCUGGAAGACUUGAAAAUUCUUGUGCACCAAAAGGAUGAAGAAAUAGAAUUUCUUAGCCAGCAGUUAAAGGAGAAAAAUGACACUCUCAAUAAUGUGCAGGCACAAUUGCUGGAAAAAGAGGAAUCAGUCCAAAGACUGUGUAGUCAGUUGGAGGCUCAGGCUCAGGUGCAUGAGGAGCAAAGCAAGCGACUACAAAUGGAGAUGCUUGAAAUUCAGGAGAAGCAGAAGGACAAUGCAGAAGCAGCUAAGCAGAAGAAUCAAAUGCAGAGAAAGUUGCAAGCAGCACUUAUCUAUAGAAAAGAGGCACUAAAUGAGAGCAAAUCUCUAAAAGAAGAGCUGGCUAAUGCUAAAAUUACUAUUGACAGUCUUUCUGUCAAGCUGACAGAUUUGGAAAGCCAAGUAUGUGGCCAUGUUAAAGAAACAGAUACCUUAAGAGAAAAGUUAGUGUGCCUCACUGGAGAGCGAGAAAAACUUACUGCAGAAAUUGAUAAACUACUUGGAGAAAAUCAGAACCUUGAUGGAUGCUGUAAAAACCUUACACUUAAUCUGGAUAGCGUUGUUCUAGAGAAGGAGAAGCUGGAGAAGGAGGUGGAAUCAUUGAAGAGCUUUCAAGCCACUGAGAGUUCUGAGUGGCAGGAGAAACACAAGGAGCUUCAGGGAGAAUAUGAAACUCUGCUGCAGUCAUAUGAGAAUGUGAGUAAUGAGGCUGAGCGAAUUCAGCAUGUGUUGGAAACUGUUAGGCAGGAAAAGCAGGAAAUUUUCAUUCAGCUCAAAGGGGCUGAAGCAAAAAAGCAGGAAACAGAAAAGCAGCUACAAGAAACUGAACAGGAAAUUGAUGAAAUGAAGGAGAAAAUGAGGAAAUUUGCAAAAUCAAAGCAACAAAAGAUCCUGGAACUGGAGGAGGAGAAUGAGAAGCUUAGAGCAGAGAUGCAUUUUACAAAUGGAGAGCUGCACAGGACUGGAGAGAGCUUUACAAACACUAGCCUGAAAGAAGACCUGGAGUGCUCUAGGAAGGAGUGCCAGUCUCUUUCUACUCAGCUUGAGACAGUAAUGGCUGAAAAGGAGUCUCUGAAUCAAGAGAUUGUGGACUUGAAGUGCCUUUUGCAGGUAACAGAGUCUAAGCUGAAGGAAAGCAGAGAACUUGUGGACAGGUGUGUUGCCCAGCAGACAGCGGGGCAAGAAACUGAUAAGGCAGCUGCCACACCAUCACCAACGGAAGAGUCUGAAAAUCAAGUGGACGUGUCUUUUCAACCAGAGCCUCGUGCUGCCGAGCUGGACCAAGAGGCAUCUGAAAGUGAGAGACCUUGUGAGGAUCCUGGUCUCUACAGACAGCAAAUAGCUGAGCUCACCAGGCGAAUCGCAGAGAUGGAAGAUAACAGAAGGGCUUCAGAGCAACAGCUGGGUGACAUCCGCAGGUGUGCCGAGACUUUAGCAGGUGAGAAAAGGGCUUUAGAGCACCAAAUAGGAGAGAAAGUCCAUGAAGUGAAUGAUUUGCAGGCCACGGUAGCAAAGAUGGAGCAAAAGGUCCAAGAAGCCAGAGACGACCUCAUCAGAAUGACAGCACUGAAGGAUGCUCUAGAGGCUGAAAAGGAUGAUUUGGAAGAAAGGCUCAUGAAUCAGCUGGCAGAACUUAAUGGAAGUAUUGGAAACUAUCAGCAAGAUGCAACAGACUUCCAAAUCAAAAAUGAUCAACUGAAACAUGAGCUUCAGACUUUGCAGAGAAUGAUGCACGAACUGGAGGAGGAGAAAAGUCAGAUGGCAAAGGAGAAAAGCAAAGCGAGUUCAGAAGAGCAAAAGGAAUUUGUGGGAAAGCUAAAAUACAAUUGGAGAGGAGAAAGCAGCACACAUAUAAAGGAGCUUCAAGAACUGCUGAAACAGAAACAGCAGGAGAUUAAGCAGCUGCAGAAGGACUGUAUCAAAAGCCAGGAAAAGAACAGUAGUUUAGAAAGAACUGUUAAAGCUCUGGAAUUUCUGCAGAGUGAGACUCAAAAAGAGGUAGAAGCAGCCAAAGAAACUUCAGCUAAAGCAGUUGAAGACACCAAGAAAGCCCAGGCAGAGCUUGCUCACUGCAGAGUAGUGUUGGAUGACACUCAGAGUGAGGCAGCAAGGGUUUUAGCUGAGAGUAUCAAAGUGAAGGAAGAGUUACAAGCAGACAAAGAGCAAAUUAAAAUUCAAAUGAAGAAAAAGGAUGAAGACUUUGAGAGAAGACUGGAACAGGAAAAAGACAAGCACUCAAAGGAGAUCAAAAACAUGGAAGCAAAGCUGGCGACAUUGCAGAGAGAGAAGGACCAUAUGGAAACAACAGUUGGUGAUCUGCAGGACUCCUUGAAGACAAAGGAUCAAGAAGCAAAGCAGCUGGAAGGCAAUCUAAACAAAACACUAGCCCAGCUUGCAGCCUUCACCAGGAGCAUGUCUUCCCUUCAGGAUGAUAGGGAUAGAGUGAUAGAUGAAUCAAAAACAUGGGAGAAGAAAUUCACUGAAACUAUUCAAAAGAAAGAAGAAGAAAUACGUUGGAAAGAGGAAGCUUGUGUUGUGCUACAGGACCAGGUGAAACAUAUGACCAUGCGUGUGGAGGAACUCCAGACUCAAAUAUCCAGAUUGGAAUGCAACAAGAAAGACUGGGAGGUUGAUUGCAGGAAGGAGAUUCAGCAUCAUCAAAAGACAUGUGAAAUGUUGCAGGAGGAAAAAAAAGAGCUUUUGACUCGGCUUGAAGGGUCUCAGGAACUGUACAGCAAGUCUCAGAAUGAACAGCAGGAACUGGAGUCAGAAAUCAGCAGCCUAAGAGACCAGCUUGCUGACUUACAGAAUUCCUUCACCAAAUGUGAGCUGGCCAGGGAAGAGCUGGGGACUGUGGUCAAGCAACAAGAGAUGAGUAUCCAGAAUUUUAAACUCAACUGUGAGCAGCUUGAAGCUGACCUGCAGGCUUCCAAGGACCUAACAAAUAAGCUGCAUGAAGAAAUUAGUGCCAAAGAUGAAAAGAUCAUGAGUUUGCUGUCUGCCAAAGAAGAAGCAGUGAUGGCUGCUCUAGCUAAAUUACAGCAGCAGCAUUCUGAAGAGACAAAAGAGUUGGAGUGUAGGCUAAGUAAGGAGGAAGACAAUAAAAAAGCCUUGGAAAAUGAGAAGAACAAAUUUCUUGACAAACUCAAUCAUCUCACUGAAAAGAUGAAGAUAAGCAGAGAAGAAAGUAAGCAGCAGAAGGCACAGCUGGACUCCUUCACCAAGUCCAUGUCAUCUCUGCAGGACGACCGAGACCGCAUUCUGAGGGACUACAAGCAGCUCGAGGAACGCCAUCUUGGUAUAAUCCUGGAAAAAGACCAGCUAAUUCAAGAGGCUGCUGCUGAAAACAACAAGCUCAAGGAAGAAAUUAGAAGUUUCCAUGGCCAGAUGGAUGACCUCAACUCUGAGAAUGCCAAGCUGAAUGCACAGUUGGUGCGGUACAGAGAAGACCUUAACCAAGUGAUUUCAAUAAAGGACUCCCAACAGAAGCAACUUCUCAAAACACAGCUUCAGCGGAUCCAGACUCUGGAAAAUGAGAAGGCAACCAUAGAAACACAGCUGAAGGAGUCUGAGCAUACUCAGGAUGAUCUCAGGAAGUGCAUGGAAGCCUUAAGAGAGGAUAAAGUCAGUAUGUCUCUAGAGAUUGACACUCUUAGGUCCUCUCUGUCGCGAGUGCAGAGUGAGGUGGCAGCAUUACAUGAGGGCAGUCCCAUUGUGGAGUGUCAGGCAGAACUGAAGGCUCGAGAGAAAGAGCUACAGCAACUGAGUCAUGAGCUUUCCCUCUCCCAGAAGAGAAUAAGAGAACUUGAGGGGGAGCUAGACUGUGUUCAGAGGGAUGCAGCCAAGAGAGUGGGAGAGGCUGAGGACAGGCUUCGGAAGGAGCUGAAGCACCUGCAUCACGAUGCAGGGAUAAUGAGGAACGAAACCGAGACAGCUGAAGAGAGAGUAGCAGAGUUGGCACGGGACUUGAUGGAAAUGGAGCAGAAAUUGCUUGAAGUCACAGAUGAAAACAAAGAUCUCAGAGCUCAAAUUCAGUCUUUUGGGAGGUCCAUGAGCUCUCUUCAGGAUAGCCGAGACCAGGCUAAUGAAGAGCUUCGUCUUUUGAAACAGAAAUAUUCUACAGACUUACAGGAACAAAAGAGUCUAGUGCAGACUCUUCAGAAACAGAUGGGUCAGCUACAAGAGGAGCAACGUUCCACUCUCAGGGACCGAGAUAUGGUCAGGUCUGAGCUGACAGAACUGCAGAAGGCUAUUGAUGAAAGAGGUCUCUUGGCCCAGAUUGAGGAACUUAAUCAACAGCUCAGAGCUAAAGAUGAUGAGCUUCUCCACUUGUCUUUGGAAUUGGAAGGCUCUUCCAACCAAGUCAAAUCUUUCUCCAAGGCUAUGGCAAGCCUGCAGAAUGACCGAGACCGUCUGCUGAAUGAAUUGGACAAAACACAUAAGAUAGAAGAAGUGAAACAACAAGCAGAAGGGAGCAUUUCCACCACUACUUUGGAAGUGCAGAGUCUGAAGAAGGCACUGGCCUCCUUGCAGAGUGACAGAGACAGAGUAGUAAGAGAGCUGGAGAAUCUGCAGCAGCAGUACAUCCUUGUUGGGGUGGAAGCUGCUGAGAAUUCUCGCUUAAAGGCACAGCUGCAGCAGCGGGAGCAAGAGGCAGACAAACAGCUUCGCCUGCAAGAACAGCUGAGGCAGGAAGGAGCUGUGUACCAGCAGGAGCUCCAGCAGCUCAGACAGGAGAAGAACACGUGGGAAAAGCAGAGCAGCAGCAUGAAGGAGCAGUACCUGCUGGCCAUUGCAGAGAAGGACAAGGAGCUGAGCCAUUUGCAAAGGAUCACACAGGAAAUGAGGCUGCCCUUCAGCAAGGCUCAAGCCGUACAGGAACAGCACCAAAGCAAGAUUUCUCCAGAAGUCCUGAAAGGGGACUUUUCAAGCCUAGAAGCAGAGAUGAAACACCUCCAGGCCCAGCUAAGUGACAGUCUGAAAGAACUGCACCAGAAAGAGCUCAGAAUUCAGCAGUUAAACAGCAAGCUAUCUCAGGUUUUUGAGGAGAAAAAUGCCCUCUCCCUGCAGCUGCGAGGGAGCAGUCGGGGCACCUAUGAGAGCCAUCCGCACUACAGCGAGGUCCUGAACCGCUGCCUGGUGCUCGAGAGGCAGCUCCAGGAGCUGCAGGCUGCAGACAAGAGCAUGGAGCUGUUUGCAACAGAUGCUGCUCCAGGAGCACCCCAAGAAAAGAAUGAGUCACAGAGAGGCACUUACACACCUGAACUGCAGGAGCUGCAGCUGAGGUUGUCUGAAACAGAACACUUACAUAGCAGCACAAAGCAGGAUAUGAAGUAUUUGGAGGAGCAGCUGGAGGAGGAGCGGGACCGUCGCCUUGCUGCAGAGGAGGCUCUUCUUGCAGCACAGGAUCAGAUCAGGAGGUUGCAGUCAAGUGAGUGGUCAUCUUCCUUAAGUGCCAGCAUUGAUAUGACUCCAGGGCACGAGCAGUCCUUGCUGAUAGACUCCACGGACAAUAAUUCCAGCAGAAGCCGGAGUACUCCUGGACUGCGGCGCCUGUUGCGCUCUCUCCUCCGCUCCCGGGCCCACCUGCCCCUGCUGGUGGCCACGUACCUGCUCGCUGUCCAUGUCCUGCUCUUCCUGUGCUUCACAGGCCGCCUGUGAAUGGGAGUGGCGGCUUUUCCUCAGCCCUGUGCAUGCUGAGGGCCUGCGCGCCCUCACGGGAGGGCAGCACUUGUCCCAGCCUUUCCAAACCAGCCCUGAAGC